AUGGGUUCAUUUUCGCUCCCCAAGCUGAUCGAUAACGAAAAGUACAGAAAAACAGGUGAGAAUUAAUUUGCAAAUUCUGGAAUUUUCACACCUUUUCUCGUCCAUCAGAACUCAAUCAUCUCUCCCUAGAAAAAAGGCGUGCUGAAAUGAAAUGGAAAGAACUGGAAAGGGAAAGAUUUUUGUCGGUCAACCCAUGUGGGUCAACUCGUUCGCCAUCAGCCAUCAGUGCUUUUUCCCACACUCUCUUGUUCUCAAUUUCAAUUUUCUUCCCAAGUUUGGUUUUUCAUAACUUCUAUUUGUGAUAUUUUCCUUUCAAGAUGUCUUCGGAAGAGGAGGACCGGAGAGAAAUCGCCUAUGGCGUCACGAUUGUAGUCAGUUUUGCCGUUGUUCUGACCACCGUCAUUUCUUUUACUGCCACGGUUCCGGUUCUUUCUGAUUUAGUUUUUGAAUCUCUGCGCCAGUCAACGUCUGAUGCGUCAUUCUGUGAGGUAAGCCUAGUUUUUUGGAAAAUUAUUCAACUUUUUUUUUAGUUCAGACGAAUCAGUAUUUUGAAUCAUCGUUUAUUCGUCUAUUUACUUAUGAAACAGUUCUCCACUAAAAUGUUUUUAGUUUUUUUUUUCUUGAAUCAAAAAGUUCUUGUUAGAAUUGCCACUAAAAAAAAUAAAAAUGAGUCAAAAGUCGUCAUUAUUCUUUUUAAAAAAUUAAUAAUUUGGAACACCAAUAAUGUUGAUUAUUGAUCCAACUUGUCAGUCCUUCGCAAAAGUCUUUUUUUCGAGAAAAAGUUCAGGAAAGCUUUCUUUCGAAACGAGCAAACAGUAUCUUAAAAAAAUAUGUGAUCCGUUAAAUCCUCUCAAAAUAUAUUAUAAAAGGGCUAGUAUAUUUCUAAAACUUUCCAAUUUAUUUGAUUUAAAAUUUUUUCAAUUUCUCUGAUAAACUCAACUUUAAACUUUUUUUCAGUUUCUCAAUCGAAUAUAAUUUUUCCAUUUCCUUUCUUUCUUUGAAAUUUUUUUAUUAAAAAAAUUAAAUUAUAUUCUCAUGAAGAUUUGCAGAUUUUAGUGCUUUUUAUGGCUCCCUGAACAGGUUUCAAAAGUUUAAUUUCUAGGCGAAUAUGCGAGAAAUCGAGAUACUCGUUUCCAAAGCUGAAGUCGUUGAUCUUGAAGCGAAUUCAACGUCUUCUCGUCAGAAACGUGACGAAAUUGACGAGUAUUUGAGGCAAACCGGACAAAAGGCUUCGAGUUCUUGCAAGUGGGUGAUUCGAAAUUAGUUAGGGAGCUCAGAAGAAAGUUCAAUUUUUAAUCUGCUUCAGUUCGAAAUCCGUUCAUUUUUUAUAAACUGCUUCAUAAGAUUCUCUAGUAGGAAAAUCUCAGCGCGUAAUUCAAAAACAAAACCCAUCUGGUUUAAUCUUUUUUAAAACUAUCAGAUUGAAAUGUCAAUCGAUAUUAUUGGCUUUAUUUUUAUUAAAUAAUUACGUUGAAACUUCAAUACCAGAAUUCUUUCACAAUUUUGUAUACAUUAACUUUAUUUGACUCGAAAGAGGGCCUUCAAAAAACGUUCAGAUCAUUUUGAAAAGUUUCGAUUUGUGAAGAUCUUUUGAGCUGUCUUAAAGUCCUUGACAUUUUUCUCAAGGAGCCUUUAGCAAUUUUUGAAGAUCUUGAGACUUUCAAAGUUUUAUUUUGAGCCAUACAAGUCUUCUGAUUUUUUUUAAGCCUCAGCAAGGAGUUUCGAAAAAACUUGAAUUGGCAGAUGUGAACACCCGGCGGGUCGACCCGGUCUCCCCGGCCGGGACGGUCUCAGAGGCUCCCGGGGAACAGAAGGAGCUCCAGGUCUUCCAGCUCGUCUCCCCUGUGAGGCUCCACUCGACCGGAAACAGUUUUGUCUCGAUCCUUGUCCCCGAGGAAAACAAGGCGCUACUGGAGUUACUGUACGGUUUUUUUUUGAUUUUGUGAAUUUUCUGUGAAUUCUACCUAUUUGAAAAGAAUUAUCGAAGUCUCAAAAUGAAGAGGACUUGUAAAGAGAAGAUUUUCAAUCAAAAUUUUUUCACCCAUAUUUCAAGUUUUAGGGCGUCAAAGGAGACAAAGGGGCCCCCGGCUUACCUGGAACCAACGGAAAAAGAGGAGAAGAUGGAAAAAGUUUAUAAAGUCAUUUUUUUAUAAGGGGAAAAUAACAAAAAAAUUUCAGGUUGGUCCGAAAGGUCCAAUGGGUCCCAUCGGUAUACCUGGACUUGAUGGAGAGGUUGGUUCAAACAAAAACUUUUUUUCCGUGUAAAAAUUUUUCCUCGAUCUGCUUCCUAAUUUUCAUCGAAAUUCUUUCCUUCAGAAGUCUCAAUUUUUUGUUGAGUCUCUUUACAGGUCGGAGACGCCGGUGAAGACGCGGCGCCGCAGCCGUUCAUCCCAGGACCACCAGGACCUCAGGGCGACGAGGGAGUCCCAGGACCGCCUGGUCCUACCGGAAUGCCCGGAAUCGACGGCCCGAUUGGGCCCGCCGGCCCUCGAGGCAAAAAAGGAAAGCCCGGAUAUCCUGGAACAAAUGGAGAAAACGGCGCCGAAGGGCCGAUGGGCGAACGAGGCGACGAAGGAAAGAAGGGGGUUCGAAUAAUUUUUUUAGCUCCUCUAUUAAAAAAAUUACUUCAGUGCUACUAUAUAAACAGGAUCUUUGAAAUAUUCUCAUCAUUUUGAUAAUAUUAUAUUAUCGGAAAAUUUAUUCAUUUUAUAACUCGACUGAACACCUUCACGCUCAAUUUUUCAUUUUUUUUUUUUUUUCAUCUGUCAUGUUGUGAAGGGGGUAAUUUCAAAACUUUCCUUCUUAAAGAAUGGCAGGGCUAAACUUAGAGAUUUAAAAUAAAAAUAAAAACGAAUUUUCGACUUUUCUGAUUUCAUCUCUGUUAGCCUCUCUUCAGGAGUUUUUCAAAAUUCAAUAUAUAGUGUAUUCCGCGCCACACGGUCACGUUUUGAAAGCUCAGCAGAAGAAGAGCCACCAUAAGCACAGCUUUGUUUCUGUUAUGAUAAAGUCACAUGAUACAGAACUUUUUUGUUCGAUGCACGCGGCCUUUCUCUGUGCGUGCGCCUUUAAUUCAGCCUAAAAGUUUGUAAUGUAUGAAAGGCGCAUGCAUGUAGACAGUUACCACCCAUCGAAGAGAGGGGUUCCGUAGCUCGGAAGGAGAAAAGAUGUGGAGAUUCCAGGUAUGCCCAACGUACUGCGCGACGGACGGUGGAGUCUUUUUCGUUCAACCGCCAGAUUGGAUGUUCCACGAUUGA